CGUGAGGAGGGGGGGGAGAGCAGUGAAAAUAAACUCCACCACAAAGGCAGCACUUCAGUGCGUCGCGCCCGUGGCUCUGAGGGUUGUGGCCCUCCAAAGAGUCAAAGUUAAAGGAACCCGUAGCCAUUUACGAAGUCCUUCAUUUGUGGCGCACGAGGUUGCUCCAGAGAACUUGGGCCGAAACACGACAAGAGGCCCCAGCAAACGUCUGCCCCGCUAGAUGGCGCCGAUGCCCCCCAACUCUUCCUCUCCCUUCCUCGGCUUCCCGGUUGCUGUUUGGGCGGCGAUACCAUCCAGAGGCCGCUUGGAAGAGGCUCUCUGCUUUUGCAGCAGAGACGGAGAGCUACCAGGACGUGCCGUUUCCCUUCCUCGCAGUUGCGAAGUCGGCAGGGGCGGGAAGGGGGGGAGGAGGAGGAGGAGAAGGGCCGCCGCCGCCAAAAUGCCGCGCGAGGAGGAGCGCGGCUCUUUCGCGACGCCUCCCGCCUUGGCCGCCUGCCUUUUCCUCCUGUCGCUCUGCACCCGAGGCUUAACCCUUAAUGAUGCUAUUGAAGAUGCACAAGGCCAGGCCAAACUGCUAUUACAGGCAUCUGAUACAAGUGGAAACUCAAGUCAAAUAAGAAAGGAACUCUCAGAAAUAGUGUUUGUUAUCCAGAGUCAACAGAAUUCUUUUCAUAUGAAGAAAGCAGAUGAACUAAAACAGAAUAUUUUGAAACAGGCUGCAGCUCUUGGAGAGGAGAUGCCCACAGUGUUGCUUAUUCAUCAGAUGAACAAGCAUGAGGGUGCAUGGACAAUUUUAUCUUUGAUGCAUGAUUUUUCUGUUGCAUACAGCAGAAAUUCUUCGUGGAUUUUUUUCUGUGAAGAAGAUACAAGAAUACAUAUUGCAAAACUACUGAAAACACUUAGAAGAUAUGACAAGUCCAAGGAACUUUUUUUAGGCAAACCCUUACAUGAUGAUGAAUCUACAAUAAUUCACCAUUAUGCUUUUGCUGAAAACCCUACAGUUUUUAAAUAUCCAGAUUUUGCUGCCGGCUGGGCUGUUAGCAUUCCCCUUGUAAAAAAGCUUGCAAAGAGACUGAAGAAUGAACCUCUGAAGUCAGACUUCACAAUAGAUUUAAAAUAUGAGAUUGCACUGUACAUCUGGGAGAAAGGAAAUGGUCCACAUCUCACCCCAGUGCCUGAGUUUUGUACAGAAGACUUUAACUCUUCCAGUACAGCACACUGUGCGACUACGUUUGCUCAUUUCCUUCCAUUUUGUGGAGAUCCAGUGAAGAAAACGGACAUCUUUGUUGCUGUAAAAACAUGCAAGAAAUUCCAUGGAGACAGAAUACCCAUUGUUAAACAGACUUGGGAAAGAGAAGCCACUCUUAUUGAGUACUAUAGUGAUUCUGCAGAAAGUUCCAUACCCACUGUUGAUUUAGGAGUGCCAAAUACUGAGAGAGGUCACUGUGGGAAGACUUUUGCCAUUUUGGAAAGAUUUUUAAACCGUGGUCCCGCUAGAACACCUUGGUUAGUCAUUGUGGAUGAUGACACUUUAAUAAGCAUAUCUAGGCUCCAGAAAUUGCUCAGUUGCUAUGAUCCAAGUGAACCAGUGAUUCUUGGAGAACGGUAUGGCUAUGGCUUGGGGUCAGGAGGCUAUAGUUACAUCACUGGUGGAGGAGGGAUGGUCUUCAGCAGAGAAGCAGUCCAAAGAUUAUUUGCUAGUAAAUGCCGGUGUUAUAGCAAUGAUGCUCCAGAUGAUAUGGUCAUUGGAAUGUGUUUCAGUGGUUUAGGAAUUCCAGUAACGCACAGUCCUCUAUUCCAUCAAGCUCGGCCAAUGGACUACCCAAAGGAAUAUCUUUCCCAUCAGGUUCCAAUAUCCUUUCACAAACACUGGAAUGUUGAUCCAGUAAAAGUCUACUACAAGUGGCUAGCACCAGAAGCGACACAUUUGCAAGAUGGAAGUAAGCAUGUUAAGGAGGACUUGUAAUCUAUAAAGAUAUAAAUAUUUAACUAUUGGUGUACCUUCCCAUUACAAUAGCUAUGGAAUGUUAUUGUUGUAUUUAUAGUCAUAUCCCAUUCAUAUUGUACAGAACACUAAAGCCAUCCUCUAGUAUCACUUUUGGAUACUGUUUUGUUUUCUCUAUCCAGAGCCCUAGUACCAUGUGUUACAUAAUUAGUAACAGCUGGAUGGGGAUAUUGGAAAUGUGGACAGAUCUCUUACUCCCCAUAUCACUGUCAUUAUGCAUUUUGCAUACUACAUGCAUAAGCCAGUGGAAGGGUGAGAGAGACUUAAACCAAGCCUUAUGGGACUCUCUCUCUCAAUCAAUCAGUCAAUCAGUCAAUCAAUCAAUCAAUCACAUACACACACAGAAAGAGUGGUACUGGUUCAUGCCUUCAGUGUCUUAUGUACAUGUAUGUAUGUACAUGUGUAUAUAUAUAUAUAUAUUACUUUAGAGUUUGUACAAUGGUUUUGGAAUUUGCAGCCAUCUGUCAUAAACUCCUACUUUCUCAGUUCUCAAGCAUCAGCAACUGGUCUUUCUUUGUCUCUCUCCAUACUCCUUCCCCUGGUUAUUCGUGGCAUUUUAGGAGCCUAAAGAUAAAGUGUGUUGAGCUCCUUUGAAUUGUUAAGGAUUUUGUGGUUUUCUAUCUUUUGAUAUCUGGUCUUGUGAAGAGAAAGGAGCUUAGUGUGAGUGUAUACUUUGAGCAUUUGUGUGUUAUCUUUAUCAGCUUGCACAUUUUUAAAAGAAAGUAUAGAUAUUGAAAGCAUAAGGACUCGGUGUUGUUAAACCAGCUAUAAGAUGUCACUGACUACUGAUACUCGGAAAACAUUGUUACCUUUAGGUUUACAAAUGUCUCUUAAUCAAUCUAGGGAACUUACCAUUGAGAUGCUUAUCUGCUUUGUGUGCCUGUUAAUGUGUAUGCUUUUGCAAAACUGCAAUCUUGUGUACACCCCAAAUUGAAAGUCAUCUGCUAUGUCUUUAUUAUCCAAGGCAAUACUAUACAUUUAAAUGCUAUGUUUUGAAAACUAUUUGAUUUUUCUGCUCCACCAUCCUUUGUACAAUUCAGUUUCUUAAAGGGUAAAAGUGAGACACAAAGGCAAAGGAACAUUUCACAUUUUAAAAAAAAUCACACUCUGCAAAAUAACAUACACAAAGCCUGUUGAACAUUUGUUUGAGGUAGGAACUGUAAAAUGGAUAGAAAAUGCCAGCCCAUUUAGAGUUACAAUGGAAACCAUUGCCCUCUUUCUGAUUUGGCUUCAUGUCAUCAUAAUGUAUCCAAAUGUAUUGCCUCUGUGAUAACAUGGUGUUAGCACAAGGCCCACAUGAACUCCUGCUGAGAUUGCAUCAGGAAGAAACCACUGAAUAGUACUGAAGUUACAGCUCAAGCAAAAAUUGUGUCGUUGCACAUAAAGAGGCAUACAGUGAAAUUUUUAAUACCACCAUCAAUUCAAACUCUCGCUUUCCUCCUCCAGAUCUUGGGGGUGAAAAAUCAACAUGGCCCAAAUUUAGAAUUGUGUAGAAAUCAGCAUUACAUUGUGAAGCUUUAAACAAAAUUUAUUCCAUUGAAGGCUGACGAGAGUCUAGUUAGUAUUCUCAUACUAUACUAUAUGAAAAUCUUAAAGCCAUGUGGCAUAAUUGUCUCCAUAUAUGUUUCAACACUGUUUUCUACAGUAGAGCACAUCAUUGUGUUCCAAAGUAAUAUAGUUUUCACCCUUGGACAAAAUGGGAAUGGAAUUCCUCUGUCAGGAAUUGUUGAAGUAGAGUUGUGCACACACACACCCUAGUGAAUGUAACAAGUAUUUUUAAAGUGUGUGGUGAGUAAGCACAUUUAGGGUGGACAAACGUUUGAAACGGAGGAGACAGCAUCUUAACAGGCUUUUCUCUUGUUCCCUUUCUCAGUGCCUUAAACUAUAAAUAUUUCUACUGAUCCCAGAUCUUCUAUGUUUUUGUAUGGUGUGUUAUUAUUUAUGUUACUGGUUUAAACCUGUAAAUCAAAAGUGAAAUAAAACAGUUGCCUAAAAUGCUA